GGAAGGGUAAAUAAAAUCGUGAAAUAUGUACGACGUGUUAUCGAAUUUUCAGCACAUUAAUUAACUUCCGUGUUUGAGCAUAUUCACAUGAUGGCGAUAUUAUUGUUCUUUCUAUAUUUAUAUGGACCCUUACUAUGUGUAGCCCAACAGGUGAUACUGUCUCCAUCGCCGACAGCAAGCGUGGUUGAAGGCCAGAAUCUUACACUAUUGUGCUACUACGACGGGGCUGAAAACAGCACAAAUAUAGCGUGGAAUGAGAAUGGAAUAUUCAUGGGAUCAGUAAGACUUACGCCCUUAUAUCCAUGUGUUGGGUAUUCAGCUCUAGCAAACACCAGCAUGUUCAGUGUAGAGUGUAGAAGUAACAAUGUGUUUGCUGUCACCAUCGUUAGUGUCCACAGGAGCAGGAACAAUGCUUCAUGGCAGUGUCAGAUGUUAGUUGAUGGAAUUUAUAUACCAAGUAACAACAUAUCCGUUAAAGUUCAAGAAAAGAAAAUGAACUUGCAAACAACAGUUGGAAUAACUGGAGUUACCAUGACAAGCCCCUCCAAAGUUAAUAUUAUAUCGCACACCCAAGCCACAUUACAAUGCCAAACAUCGGGAGGACUGCCGUCGGCUUCUGUGGCCUGGUACUUAGGGACGGAAACAGAUUUCAUAGACGUCUCAUCUGACUCAUUGAGUAGGUCUUCCACAGUGGAUGGGUUGCUCAUUGUAACAAGUACUUUGGCGCUAAGUCCGUCAAGGAACAACAUCAACCUAAAAGCGUUCUGCAGUGCGAGAAAUGUGGGCCCAACGUUUAAUUCUAGUACAACCGUCAUUGACGUGCUUUAUGGACCAGACAAGCCACAGUGUCUAUACCGAGGUUCCAGUGUGACAGGAAGAAUUAUGAUAACUCAGGGAAGCACAUUGAGCGUCAGCUGUACUAGUAACAGCAAUCCGCCACCUUCUGGAUUCCAGUGGACAUUACCAAUCAUCGGGACACAGACUGUCAGCCAAUUGGAUGUAACAAAUAUAAAAGCUUCACACAGCGGUUUAUACUUAAUAAGUGUGUGGAACUCAAUGAGACCAACUGUGGGAGUUUCAGUUAAAGAAACAAAUAGUACAACAUUCACAAUGGAUGUACAAUAUUCACCAACUCCACCUGCGUUCUACAUCACCUCCACUGCUGUUAAUGGAACUGUGAAGAUAAUUGAAGGGAAUAGUUUGACGAUACAAUGUGUGUCACAGAGUAACCCGGCUGCUUCAUACACAUGGACGCACGGAGGAAUCAUAUUAAGCAACGGACAGAAUCUGUUACUUAGCAACCCUCGUUCCCCCAGUGAUGCAGGAGUGUACGAAUGUCGUGCCGAGAACAUACUGACUCCUACCGGUGGGCCAACACAGUCUCCACAGUCGAGCACUUCCAGGCUGACACUGGACAUUCUGUUUCCUCCUCGUUCUACCUCCUUCAAAUAUGGCAGUUUAUCUGGUCAGACAAUACGAGGAAACAACAUCUCCAUAGUACGUGGAACAAAUCAGACUGUAGCUUGUGUGGCCGAUUCCAAUCCAGAGUCCAGCUACCAGUGGGAACUACAGGGAACAUCACAGCUGUUACUCGUAAACAACAUCAAAACGAACACAACGAGAACGUGUAAUGUAACAACUACCAUGGUGGAGACAUUUGGGCAGACUAAGACUACGACCAAUCUUACAACGCUGAGAAUUGAUGUGUUGUUUAAGAAAUAUGCAUAUAUUUAUUUGUAUUUGUAUGCUGUGUAGAAAGAAACCUACAAGUGUUCUUACCUUUUUGUAGUCUGUUGCAAAAUCUAAAAUAACACGUGAUUUGAUUUCCAUGUAGAAAGAAAAAAACAACUGUGUUUUAUUAUGAAAUACUGGUUAUGUUCAAAUAAUUGCUGGCGCAUUAAUAAUUCUGGAGAAGUAAAUAAAAGUGUUCCUCUGUCUGUGCGCUCUUUAUCAAACUUUCCAUUGAUAUUUAAAACCAUGCUUGCUUUAGUAAAGCUACUGUAAUUUCAUAUAGCCAAUGAGCAGUUUGGAUAAUAUGUGCAGAAAAUAUUCUUCAAAAUUUGCAUAAAAAAUUAUUUCUUCUAUAAAGACUUACUGUGUAUGUACUGAUAAUUAACAUAUAUAAGAGGCGAGUAACUGAAUACUUGUAAUAAACAUAUUUCUAGGAUGUUAUACACACUUUAUUUACAUAAAGUAUAAGCGUCUUCUUACAGUAUCAACCAGCAGUAAAUACUUCAGAACUAUGGGAUGAUACGUUGUUUGUUGUCACCCAUCCCUUUUAAAAAAACGCGCGUGCUAAUUUAUUUUGUAGGGGGAUGGGUGUAAAACGAAUCAAGUUCUUGUUAACAUAUGUUUUGAAUUUUAGUGUUAGACUCAAUAUAAUUUAUUUCUCUGGACAUUUGUUGUCGAAUAACUGACGGUAUAUACAUGCAUGUUAAAUUAUUACAUCGAGGAUUCUAAAUUAGAU